UCUCCAUCUCAGGAAGGAGCAAACCCAGGGCAGUUGGGAACAAGAGAGGGGGACAGAGCAGCUCCCCUCACUCUGCACUAAGCCCCAGACAAUCCUCCUGCCUGGCAGGACCUGCUCUGUUCUCCCUGAGUGCAUCAGAAGUGCUGAGGGGUUCUGACAUCCAGGAACACUCCUGGAGAGAUGAGGGAAUUUGAAGAAGAAAACCCAACAAAACAGGUGGAGGAACGUAGCACGGAAAAGCUAUUGGGAAAUGGCUUUGAUUUUUCUCAGGAAGUUCUUUGCUAACAUAUCACUGAAACUUCCUCCUUGGACAGUGCCCCACAGCAAGUGGCAGCAAAUGCCCAACAGCAGUUCCAUGGCCCAGUUCCUGCUCCUGGCAUUCUCAGACAGGCGGGAGCUGCAGCUGCUGCACUUCUGGCUCUUCCUGGGCAUCUCCCUGGCUGCCCUCCUGGGCAACGGCCUCAUCCUCAGCGCCGUAGCCUGCGACCAGCACCUGCACACCCCCAGGGACUUCUUCCUGCUGCACCUCUCCCUCACAGACCUGGGCUUCAUCUACACCACUGUGCCCAAAGCCAUGCACAACUCCCUCUGGGGCACCACAACCAUCUCCUACACAGGAUGUGCUGCACAACUCUUUUUCUUUUUCUUCUUCAUGUCAACAGAGUUUUCCCUCCUCACCAUCAUGUGCUACGACCGCUACGUUGCCAUCUGCAAACCCCUGCACUACGGGACCCUCCUGGGCAGCAGAGCUUGUGCCCACAUGGCAGCAGCUGCCUGGGCCUCUGGGUUUCUCAAUGCUCUGCUGCAUACAGCCAAUACAUUUUCCCUGCCCCUGUGCCAGGGCAAUGCCCUGGGCCAGUUCUGUGAAAUCCCACACAUCCUCAAGCUCUCCUGCUCACACUCAGGCUACCUCAGGGAAAUUGGUCUUCUUGGGGUUAGUGCCUGUAUAGCAUUUGGUUGUUUCAUUUUCAUAGUUUUCUCCUAUGUGCAGAUCUUCAGGGCUGUGCUGAGGAUCCCCUCUGAACAGGGACGGCACAAAGCCUUCUCCACGUGCCUCCCUCACCUGGCUGUCGUCUCCCUCUUUGCCUGCACCAUGAUUUUUGCUUACCUCAAGCCCCCCUCCAUGUCUUCCCCAUCCCUGGAUCUGGCCUUGUCAGUUCUCUACUCGGUGGGGUCUCCAGCACUGAACCCCCUCAUCUACAGCCUGAGGAACCAGGAGCUCAGGGAUGCCAUAAGGAAAAUGAUGAGUGGAUGCUUUUCAGGAGCAAUAACCUGCUUCUUUUCUUCUGCAGAACACCCACUGUGUAACCCUUCAUUGGCCCAGCCUGCCUUCUAAAGCUUUUGAGAGUGGCAGUGGGGGAACUUUACUGUAUUUUUUCCAUUCUUAAUGUUGUUAACACAGAAAUUUAUUCUUCAUCCCAUAUGUAAUUGACUCUCUCUCUCUUUGUUUCGACCCACAACUCUGUAAAUGAGGAAUCAUUCUCUGAAUGCAUUUAAACAAAAUAAAAGGUCCUGCAGGAACC